AUGUUUCGUUUUUCCAAGUCUUUGUUAUUAUUUACUUUUAAUAAUAAAUCAAAAAUUAUUUUAACUAAACAAUUAACAAACGUAUUAAAAUACAACAAUACACCUAAUAUUUCAAAAAAUCAAAUAACGAAAAAUUACGCAACCACAUCAAUAUUUAUAAAACCACCUGUAAAUAAGAUUAGUUUAAAUACCUUAAGCGAUAAUCUAAAAGCCACUUCUCAGCCUAAACGUGUAGGUCGUGGGCCUGCAUCAGGUGUGGGCAAAACAAGUGGAAGAGGACAAAAAGGACAAAAAGCAAGAGGCGGUACUCGCAAUCCAAGAAGAGGAUUUGAAGGUGGUCAAACGCCUAUUACUAAAGCUUUUCCAAAACGUGGAUUUCAUAAUUAUAACGCCAAAGUUUAUGCACCUUUAAACCUUGAUCGAUUACAACAUUGGAUAAAUGUUGAUAAAAUUAAUCCUAAUGAAUUGAUAACAAUGAAACAUCUCCAUGAGACAAGAUGCGUUAGAGGAAUUAAAGAUGGAGUGAAAUUAUUGGCUGAUGGAUCAGAAUAUUUUAAUACUCGGAUUAAUAUUGAAGUGGCAAGAGCAUCACAAAAGGCCAUUAAAGCAGUCGAAAGGUGUGGCGGUACGGUAACUUGUAAAUAUUUUAAUAGGUUAGCUUUAAGAGCGACUCUUCAUCCAGAAAAAUUUUGGAAGUUACCUAAAUUUGCAAAUCCAAAAAAACAAAAAGAUAUAGCGUGGUAUUCAAAUCCGAUUAAUAGAGGAUAUUUGGUUAAACAAGAAACCAAAAAACUUCAGCCUACUAAAGAUCCAAGACCUCUUUGA